CCAUCUAAGUCAUUUCCACGCUGCCAGCACAAGAGGAGAGGACACAGACAAUCAGAUCACACCAAAGCCUACUAAACUUUUUACACUGACUCUCCAACCUUCAGACAGCACAAUGGCAGAAGAAAAGAUCUCCAUAGAAGACGUAAAGACGUCCAACGGUGAAGCGCACCUGGACGACCCGACCCUCGCCAACGGCCUGGGCGAUCACAAGAGGAGCGCGCCGGAGACCACCGGGCAGAAGCUGAAGCGCUUCGUGAUGGCCAAUCUGCUGGUCCUCCUGACGGUGUCCGCGGUCAUCGUCGGCGUGUUCAUCGGGCUCGGCGUGAGAAGCGCCGGCUUGAGCCGCACGCAGAUCCUUUACUUCGGGUUCCCCGGCGAGCUCCUCAUCCGCCUGCUCAAGAUGAUCAUCAUCCCUCUGGUGGUCUGCAGUCUGGUGUCCGGGGCGGCCAGCCUUGACCCCAAAGCCCUGGGCAAGCUGGGCGGCUGGGCGAUGCUUUUCUUUCUCGUGACCACUCUGAUCUCGUCCACCAUCGGCGUUAUUAUGGCGUUCAUCAUAAAGCCUGGCUCCAGCGACGGGAAAAAACUAUCCCAACUCACCCAUGAUGACAGCGGCGUUCCCGAAGCCAAAGAAGUCAUGGAUUCGUUUUUAGAUUUGAUAAGAAAUAUUUUCCCAUCUAACCUGGUAUCAGCUGCCUUUCAGUCGUAUGCCACUGGUUACAAGUUUGUAAAGAAUGACACCAACUCGACCAACUUCUCUUUGGAAAAGGUUCCAGUUGGCUCAGAGGUGGAUGGCAUGAACAUCCUGGGUCUCAUUGUUUUUGCUAUGGUAUUUGGUGUGGCCUUGAGGAAACUUGGGGAGGAAGGAGAGAUCCUUAUCAAGUUCUUCAACUCUUUCAAUGAGGCCACCAUGGUGCUGGUCUCCUGGAUCAUGUGGUAUGCACCACUGGGUAUAAUGUUCCUGGUUGCUGCUAAGAUUGUAGAAAUGGAGGAUGUUGGCUUGCUGUUCGCCAGCCUGGGGAAGUACAUCGCCUGCUGCGUCAUUGGCCAUGCCAUCCACGGUCUUCUUGUCCUCCCACUCAUAUACUUUGUGAUUACAAGGAAGAACCCAUACACGUUCUUGCUGGGGUUGGUCACCGCUUUGGCUACUGCCUUUGGAACGUCCUCCAGCUCUGCCACAUUGCCCCUCAUGAUGAAAUGUGUGGAGGAGAACAACGGUGUGUCCAAGCACAUCAGCCGCUUCAUCCUGCCCAUCGGAGCGACUGUCAACAUGGACGGAGCCGCCUGCUUCCAGUGUGUAGCCGCGGUGUUCAUCGCUCAGCUUAACGGGAUCCCGCUGGACUUCGUCCAGGUCAUCACCAUCCUUGUGACUGCGACGGCGUCUAGCGUGGGAGCUGCUGGGAUCCCUGCUGGAGGGGUGCUGACGCUGGCCAUCAUUUUGGAGUCAGUAGGCCUGCCCACAAACGAUCUGUCCCUCAUCCUGGCUGUGGACUGGCUUGUCGAUCGCACUUGCACCGUCAUCAAUGUUGAAGGUGACGCCUACGGAGCAGGUCUUCUGCAGUAUUUCGUGGAUCGCACUUCCAGUAAAGAGGGGGCGGAGCUAAAUAAGGUGCGCGUGGAGGAAGAAGACCCCGCCUCCAGGCCAGAAAUUUCUCCACUCAUCAAAAAACAGGGAAGCCUUGAAUUGGAAGAAGUCGCUGGACCUAAACCCAGUGAAAAGGAGUCCGUCAUGUAGACUUGCACACUAUUUCAACAAACUUUCCUUUUGACCUGUCUGAUCUCAAUAAAUCAACCCCUGCAUCUACGCAGCGACCAUUGGAGAGCGAGAGAGACAGGUUUAGACUAAGACGGGAGAAAGACUACAUCAUUUUGACCCUCCGCUAUGCCCUGCUCUUUAAGAAAGGAGUCUUCCAAAACCUAUGCACAUUUAGAUGGAAAAAUACUUGAACAAUUAUUUAUAAGAUGCUGGUCAGACAUUUUGGAUUUUCUCUUUAUAUUCUUCGUUUGCUCUACCCCCUUUUUU